AUGAAUAAACUAAAUAAAUUAAAAGAAGAAUUAAGCAAAAGUGAAAAUGAUAUAAAAAUGAAGAAAGCAGAAUGUGUAAGAAUAAUGACUGAUUAUGAUAUUGAAUUAAAAUUUCUUAAUGCAAAAAUACAGUAUCAAAUUGGUACAGAUCAAAAUGAAUUACAAAUGUUAAACGAUAAAAUAAGAGAAUACAAAGAACAAAUUAAACAAUUAAACGAACAAAUAAAUAAAUUAAAUGAUAAUGCAUUAUCUCCUUCUUUUAUUCAACUAAAAGAAGAUGAAGCUGAAUUACAUAAAGAAAUAGAAAAAAAAUUUAAAAUAUCUCAAGAAAUUCAAAAUACUAAACAAUGUGUAAUGAAACUUGAAAAUCUUAAAU